AUGGGCACAAAGAGAAGAAAUGCAGUAACAGCAGAGACACAGAAGUUACUCGAUGCAGGUUUCAUCCGAAAACUUCGAUUCUCCUCAUGCUCCGUGCUUGUAACAGAAACAGGAAAAGAACAACACCCAGUGUAUUUUGUGAGAAAAUUACUACAAAAUGCCAAAACAAUAUACCCAACGAUAGAAAAAUUAGCAUUCGGCUUGGUCAUCACAGCUUGGCGCUUACGGCAUUAUUUUCAGACGCAUCAGAUAAUAGUUCGCUUCGGUCAACCUCUACGUCAAAUAUUAUCAAAACUAGAUCUAGCAGGACAACUCACAAAAUGGGCAAUAGAGCUCUCAGAAUUUGACAUCUCCUAUCAAUCACGAGGAUCUCCUAAAGUCCAAGCACUAACCGACUUUAUUUCGGAAUUCACCAACACAGAAGAAAUGGUCACGAAAUGGGAACUAUAUGUAAAUGGUGCAUCAAAUGAGAGCGAAUGUGGAGCUGGGAUCCUACUAAAAGGCAACACAGGAGUGCACGUCAAACAGUCAAUAAAAUUUCUCUUUCAAGCCACCAACAACCAAGCCGAAUAUGAAGCAUUCCUUGUAGGCCUAAGGUUAGCAAGAGAAGUAAAAGUCAAAAACCUAAAGGUAUAUUGCGACUCCCUUCUUGUAGUACAACAGGUAACUGGUCAUUUUCAUGUACGAGACCCACUACUAGAAAAGUAUUUAAAUUCGGCAAAAAACAUGAUACAGCAUUUUCAAAAUUUUGAAAUAUCACAUAUACCUAGAGAACAAAAUUGUAGGGCGAAUAUUUUAUCCAAAUUAGCUAUAUAUAGGGUAACUAAUUCAUCAGACAAAUUAUCACAUCUUACACUAACAAAACCAAGUUUAGAUAUCAAAUCUGUUCUAAGUGUGUCACAGGAAGAAGAUUGGCGAAACCCAUUCAUUUGCUAUUUGAGAACUGUAGAAAUACCUGAAAACGAAAACCCGAUGUCAUUUAGACAUAAAGCAAUCCAUUACACCAUGAUGGGAGCUGACCUAUACAAACGGGGUAUCUCUAGACCAUUGCUAAAAUGCCUCGGCCGAGUAGAUGCAGAAAACGCUAUCGCCGAAAUCCAUGAUGGAAUCUGUGGACACCAUGCUAGAGGCAGAAGUUUGGCCACAAAAAUUGUACGAGCAGGAUACUACUGGCCGACGUUACGAGAAGACUGUAGAAACAAAGUACAAAAGUGCGAUGCAUGUCAAAAAUGUGUACCACUCAUCCAUAGCCCAAUCGAGUUGUUGCACACCUUGGAUAUUAGUUGGCCUUUUCAUAAAUGGGGGAUGGAUAUACUCGGCCCAUUCCCGGUAGCACCAGGACAGGUAAAAUUCCUAUUAGUAGCAAUUGAUUACUUCACAAAAUAG